GUUUGGUAAUUGGUAUUUGGCGUUUGUUCAGUAUUGGUUCAGUAGAUUUAAACCAAAGUACACACCCAUUUUCCGAAUAUACCACUAAUGUCCUUUUUUUUUGUUAGGUAGUUUAAGGCUUUUGCUCGUAAUAUAAAAAUUAUGGUAUCUAAAUCUAAAACAGGGCUGACUGCCCUCGGUUUCUAUGGAUUUGCAUUUUUAUUUAUUACGAUAGCUUUUGUUAGCCCUUACUGGUUAGUAACUGAUGGAAAGUUGAAAAACCCUAAAUUUAUUAAAAUAGGUUUAUGGGAAGUGUGCUUUAAUGGAUUUGAAGAAACCCAUCAUUGGUACGACACAAUUUUUAAAGGCUGUUGGUGGAUAUUUGAAGAAGAAUACUAUAUAAUUCAUGAUAUUCUUCUGCCAGGGUUUUUCAUUGCUACACAAUUCUUCUUUACUAUAUCUAUGUGUUGUGUGUUAAUAACACUUUUUAUCUCCUAUUUGUAUGUGAAAAAAGAUGAAGACGAUGAUAACUAUGUGACACUUUUAUUGACAUUUGGAACAAUCCUUAUUAUUGGUGGAAUCUCAGGAAUAAUAUCAGUGGUGACAUUUGGAGCGAGAGGUGAUGGAAGAGACUGGAUGCCUAAUUGGGAGCAUAACGAUCUUGGCUGGGCAUAUGCUCUUGGUGUCAUUGGUGUCAUCUUUCUGCUCCCCGCGGGUAUACUAUUUCUUAUUGAAGCUAGAGUACGCAAGUACAAGAGAUUACAUGAGAUGCAAAGUAGAGAACCUUCUUACAGCAUGCGUGAGAGAAAAGCAACUUAUCCAGGACAUACGGAUAUUUAAAUAUAUUUAGCUGAUAAAUAUCAUUUAUGUAAGUUGAUAAAUGCUACAAUAGCAACUUUUGCUGCUAACUAAGUAACAGAUGCCGUCCAAUCAAAGAAUCUUAAUUUUAUUUAAAUACAAUAAGUUGUUGUAUAACAUUAAAGGUGUAAGUAUUUCAUACAGAAUGUUUACGUCUACCAGUUAUGUUCAAAUACAAUUAUAAUAAUGCCUUA